GAAUUGUCAGGAACAGCAAAUUUGAUGACUGCAAGUGACUCAGAGCGGGCCCAGAAACCGGUGUUUUCUCCUGGUGAAACACGUGCCUUUGGAAAGCACACUAGGCAAAAAUCAGAACUCAGCAGAAAGGAGAUGGACAUGAAGAUGUACAGCAUACAAGAGAGAAAGGACUGUGUGUACCAAGAGGUCACCGAGCCCCAGGAUGAUGUCUACCUUUAUUGUGAGAAGUGUCAGAACUUCUGCAUCGACCGCUGUGCUGUACAUGGGCCCCCUGCAUUUGUAAAGGACUGUGCAGUGGACAAGGGGCAUCCCCACCGCUCAGCCCUCACCCUCCCCCCUGGGUUGAGAAUCGGGCCAUCCUGCAUCCUGGAGGCUGGGCUUGGAGUGUGGAAUGAGGCAGCUGAUUUGCCAGUGGGUCUGCACUUUGGCCCUUAUGAAGGACACAUCACAGAAGAUGAAGAGGCAGCCAAGAGCAGAUACUCCUGGCUGUUCGCCAAAGGGAGAAACUGCUAUGAGUAUGUGGAUGGAAAGGACAGAUCCUGGGCCAACUGGAUGAGGUAUGUGAACUGUGCCCGGGAUGAUGAAGAGCAGAACCUGGUGGCCUUUCAAUACCACGGGCAGAUUUUCUACCGAACCUGCCGGGUCAUCAGGCCGGGCUGUGAGCUGCUGGUCUGGUGUGGGGACGAGUAUGGCCAGGAGCUGGGCAGCAAGUGGAAGACAGAGCUCAUGGCCAGAAGAGGUGGGCACCACUGUUCUUCAAAACAGAAAGAAAAGAGAGAAUUCUCCAUAAACAUAUUCAUGGUCCAACUCUUAAGACCCGGGGACAGCAGCACUGAUUGGCGGGUUGCGCCCUAUCCCAGCACGAACCUCGCCCCCGGCGCCCUCCGUCCUCCCGAGGGCGGGAAGCCCGGGAUCUGGGAGAGGAUGUUCCACAGAGGUGGGCAGCGCGGCAAGGACCCCAGGAGACUGACCGACCUCAGUGUCCUCAGCCCGGAAGACGCAGGAUCGGGUCUCAGGGACCCCGAGCCCGUCAGCCUGAGAGACGGCGGUCUGCCGGGGACGCGCCUGCGUCUCGUGCGGGCCUCUCCGGACCCCCGGGCUGAAGAAGCUUUGGAAGACGCUUCCCUCUACGUCUCCAGGGAGGACUGGGCAGCGAUGGGAGACCGGGAGAAAGGCCGGUGCCGGAACCUGAAGAGGAACUUUGACGUGUUCCCCGGCCUAGGUAGCCAGUGCGCAGGCGCUGGGCCCAGGGGCCUGGUGACCUGA